GAGCUCGCUAGACACGCCAAGAUUAGUCAUGACUUCAGUGCUGGGUGUAGCCCUGGUCUUGGUCUUAUCAGGGUCCACUCUGGCCUUUGUUCCCAUUGGGGGUGGUGCAUCCACACAUGUCAGCAUCACAGGAACAGCCCUGUUACAGACAGUGACAGAGACAUGUCGGGAGGUGGUUGAGGCCGCAGGUCAUGAGUUUGAACCCACGGGUUCAUCCCCUGAAGAGUUGGUGCGUGCCUGUCUAGGUCCGACAGCAACAGGAGAAGUAUCAGCUGCCAAGUUUUACUCUGCUCUUCAAGAGAUUUACAUGCAGAAUUCACUGGUAGACCGUGACUUUGUCAACAGUCCUCCACAUCACUUCAACUCAGAGGCCUUCAUAGAGGGACGCAGCCUAAUCAUGGAGGGCAUGGCGGCUAUUAAAGCUAACGUUCACCAGGAGAACUUCCAGGCUGCCAGAGAAACACUGGGCAGAGUCCUUCAUACACUGCAGGACUUCUACAGCCACAGUAACUGGGUGGAGCUGGGAUACACAGAGCCAAACACUGCCCUCAUACGUCCAGACCUUAUCCUGGAAAACCUGGCAGAUGUCGACACAGCCACCUGCAGUGACUGUGCCAGUGGAACUUGCCCUAAUCCGAUCCUUCCCUACAUCCUGAAAGAGAAGAAACUCACAUCAGGCUACAUGGGAAUCUUCUCUUCUGCCAAGCCUAAAGGUAAGUGUAGCCACGGAGGUGCAUCUGACCUGACUAGCAAAGAAAUUCCUCGUGGAGGCAUCAGCAAAGAUGAGCGUCGCUCAGACAAUAUGGCCCUCCACAAUGCUGCUGUAAAUAUAGCCAUAGCUGCCAGCCUACAGCUGCUAGAGGACAUUCGAUUGGCCGUAGGGGACAAUGACUUCCUGAGAAUGAUGGGAAUCGCCCGUUCCUCUGUUGUGUGUUUUGUUAUUGACACCACUGGUAGUAUGUCAGAUGACAUAGCUGAAGCCAGGUCUGUUGUUUAUGAAAUCAUUGACAGCAAAAAAGGAACACAAGAUGAGCCAUCCGAGUACAUUCUGGUGACCUUCAAUGACCCAGCGUUUGGACCUAUGAUCAGGACAACAGACCCUGAUAAGAUGAAAUACGAAAUCUCUAAGCUCACAGCAAAUGGAGGUGGUGAUAUCCCUGAAAUGUGCUUAUCAGGACUUCAGUUGGCUCUGACCGGUGCUCCUGCCUCUUCCCACAUCUAUGUUUUCACUGAUGCUAUAGCCAAAGACAUCGAGCUCAAGGAUACUAUUGUUGCUCUCAUCAGAAGUACCAAGUCGACGGUAUCAUUCUUCAUGACUGGACCCAUCAGCAGGCGCCGUCGUUCCCCCAGAGCUGCUUCCUCUAAUGACUACAAGGACUUGGCUCUGGCAUCUGGAGGUCAGAUGAUCCAGGUGUCCAAGCAGCAGCUGCCUGAAGCCACAGACGUCAUUCUGGACACCUCCACUUCAGCUCUGGUGACAGUUAUUCAGCGAGGAAGGAACCCUGGGAAGCAGGAGACCUUCCCCUUCACAUUGGACGAAUCUCUGAAAAACAUCACCAUCUACAUCACAGGACAAUCCAUUACUUUCACACUGAUCAACCCUGCAGGUGUGAGCCAGAGCCACAGUGAGGCCAGUGGUAAGCUGGGAACCAUUCAGACAGUAGGCAACCUGAGGAGAAUUCGUCUUAAUGAUGACAAGCUGACAGGAACCUGGCAGAUCAACAUCAACUCAAAACAACCAUACAUACUUAAAGUCACAGGCCAGAGUACUAUCACCUUUAUCUAUGACUUUGUGGAGAGCUUCAAAGGACCUCACCCUGGUUAUGCAAAACUCAGUGGACGUCCACAGGCAGGCCAGCCAGCCAACCUGAUGCUCUCAGUGAUGGGUAGAAAAGGUCCGUCCUCGAUUACUAUUGGAGAAGUUGGCCUGGUAACCGUGUCUGGUACUGAGGCUGUUAGCAAUGGCACAACUACUGACAUGGGCAACGGAGACAUCCUGGUGACUGUUGAUGCAGUCCCUGAGGGGGAGUUUGUGGUCAUUCUGAAAGGAACUGACAAAGAGUCAAACAGUACAUUUCAGAGGCAGUCUACCACCCAGAUGUCUGUCUCCACAGUGAACAUCCAGGCUAUGGUGGACAGCAGUGUGGAGCCAGGGAAAGCCUUUAAGCUCCCUUUCAGUGUCAUGACCCAGGGCUCUGGUGGUCAAUACAUCAUCAGUGCCAGAAAUGACAGAAACUUCCCCAUGUCCUACCCAAACCGCCUUGAUUUGACAACCGGACAAUAUGCUAAUGGUACUUUGGCUAUUACGCCACCUGUUGACACACCAUCGGGCACUGACGUCACUCUGACUCUGGAAGUCAAGUCAUCCAGUGGUGUUGACUCUAAUUACGCUGUUCUUAGAAUCUCUGUUGUUACCAAGAUGACCGAUCCUAUUCAGCCUCUGUGUGAAGUGGUCAGAGUACUGGCUGAUGAUUGUCCUAAAGAUGUAUCUCAGUGUAAACCUUUCCAGUGGAAGCUAUCGGCCAACCUUACAGAUGGAAAUGGCACUGGGAUACACAGUAUUUCCCUGCGUCAGGGUAAUGGAACCCUCUCAUAUACCUCCCUGAGCUCUCCCAUUGUCCAGGCGGACUACAGCGCUUCCUGCUGCUCACAGAUUGUUGAGCUUAUAGCUGUUGAUAAAGUUGGCAAUGUGGGCAAGUGCUAUCACUCCAUUGUACGUUCUGCUGGCCCUCCUUCUCACACUCUGUCUCUGCCUCUGUGGCUGUGCCUGUUGAUAUCUGUCUUUGUAGUAAGAUCUUGAAGAGCUUUGGUUUGUCAGAAUCUCAUGUCUGUUGUAGAGGUGGACAGGUAAUGUCUAUUAUUUUUAAAAAUGUGCUUUAUCUAUGGAGG